CCUCUAAUCUCCGGGCGACAGGACACGCUGUCAGCCAGUGACGACCUGACAAACAGACCGAGGGUGAAUUGACAGUGAAUACCGACACGUUCAUCCAUCCGUAAAUGCGUCUUUUCCUCAUUGGAAUAUGCAUUGACCAGUGAGCAGUCCCGGUCACUUAUCAACUUCGCUUAAUCAGCACAUUUUACUGUUACAGGGACGUUGAGCGGGUGAUCAUGUCUGUGAAGAAAGUCCCGGAUGCUGAAGGAUGCACUUUGACCUUGCUGGAAGUGGACGGGCUCAUGUUCCCGACCUUCCCUGCUGACGUCAUCAGGGGCGUUCCUGAUCUCGAGUUGAGGGACGACGAUAUUCUUAUAUCUGGCUACCCUAAAGCAGGCACCCAUUGGCUGUUUGAAGUGUUGCGUGUUCUACUCAGAGGUUCAUGCGACGGGGGAGGGAUGGAGAAAGAUGACUUCAUGAUCGAGAUGGUGCCCCAGGAUCAACUGGCCAAAAAGCCCUCCCCCAGAAUAUUAAACACGCACGUCCAGUUUACAUCGCUGCCCAAGGAAAUACACAAACGAAAGACCAAGAUUAUAUACCUGCUACGGAACCCAAAAGAUUCGGCCGUGUCGUUUUAUAACCAUCAUCGGAAACUGGUGGAAUAUUACGAUUAUCAUGGAAAGUUGAAGGAUUAUCUGCGGUUGUGGGUUGGAGGAAAAGUUGACUAUGGGUCGUGGUUUAAUUACGUCCGAAGUUGGCAUGAAGGUCUGAGAAGCCACCCUGACAUCCCCUCGCUCUCUGUGGUGUAUGAAGACAUGAAGGAAGAUGCUUUAUCCCAGAUACGAAGAAUAUCUCAUUUUCUGGGUUUGUCUCAUGACGACGCCUUCUUACGGAAAGUAGAUGACUGGUGCUCCUUUAAGCGCAUGCGCGAACGGAAGGGGAAGUAUGACCUGACCCCUGAAGGGCAGCCAAUCAUGUAUCGCAAAGGUGAGGUGGGGGACUGGAAGAACUGGUUUACCAUUGCUGAUAAUGAAUGGUUUGAUCAAGUAUACAAGGAUCGGAUGACGGGUAUUGAUCUGUCAUUCAGAUACACCAUCUGACACGAAGAAAACCAUUAAAACAACAUUGUACACAGACAUAGGCAGUACGUACAAGCCAUUGACGCAAAGCUUCUUUGCGGAAGUGACGUCACGACCUCUGUACCAGUAUAGAUAACUUAGAAUAGAACAUCUGUCGCUGAUUAAAACAAUAUAUAUAUUUAAAACAAUACUGUAUUCAAAAUAAACUAAAAUGAACAUUU